GUACCCCCCCCCCCCUUGUUUCCACGCCCAGUGAUCUGUGGGAUAGUGGCAGUAUAAAGUAUAUCCUCCCUCAGAAAGAGAUAAGGAGCUAAGGCAAGAGAGGGAUGAAGAUGGCGGACGCUAAGCAGAAGAGGAACGAGCAGCUGAAGCGGUGGCUGGGCUCGGAGACGGACCUCGAGCCGCCUAUACUAAAGAAGAAGAAGACGAAGGUGAAGUUCGACGACGGCGCCGUCUUCCUGGCCGCCUGCUCGAGCGGCGAUACCGAAGAGGUGCUGCGAUUGCUAGAGCGGGGUGCAGACAUCAACUACGCCAAUGUGGAUGGACUCACUGCCCUCCACCAGGCCUGCAUAGAUGACAAUGUGGACAUGGUGAUGUUCCUUGUGCAAAAUGGAGCCAACAUCAACCAACCCGACAAUGAGGGCUGGAUCCCACUGCACGCCGCAGCCUCCUGCGGGUACAUGGACAUCGCAAAGUACCUCAUUAGCCAUGGAGCCAACGUGGGAGUGGUCAACAGUGAAGGAGACACGCCAUUGGACAUCGCGGAGGAGGAGGCCAUGGAGGAGCUGCUGCAGAACGAAAUCAACCGGCAAGGGGUGGACAUCGAGGCGGCACGGAAGGAGGAGGAGCGUGUCAUGCUGCGGGACGCGCGACAGUGGCUCAACAGCGGUCAUAUCACCGACGUGCGGCACGCCAAGUCUGGUGGCACGGCCAUACACGUGGCGGCAGCCAAGGGCUACGCUGAGGUUUUAAAGCUUUUAAUCCAGGCAGGUUAUGAUGUAAAUAUUAAGGAUUUCGAUGGCUGGACUCCGCUCCACGCUGCUGCUCACUGGGCGAAGGAGGAAGCAUGUCGGAUUCUGGUGGAGAACCUGUGUGACAUAGACACUGUAAACAAAGUGGGCCAGACAGCCUUUGAUGUAGCAGACGAAGAUGUCCUCGGUUACCUAGAAGAACUACAGAAGAAGCAGAGCCUGCUUUCGAGCGAAAAGCAGGACAAGAAGUCACGCCUAAUCGACGAGCCGAAGCCACUUAACAAAGAUUUGGUGCUAGAGUCCCUAGAGUCGGAGAAGACGGACGAGGAAGAGGAGGUCAAGAAAGACGAGUCCAGCUGCUCCAGUGAGGAGGAAGAGGAGGAAGACUCUGAGUCUGAGACCGAAGCUGACAAAAGCAAAACCCCUGCCCCCACCAGCACUGCCAACAGCACCAUGCCAGCCAGCGUGAUAGUGACCUCCCCGACCAGCCCCACCCAGCCCGUGACUCCUACAUCCCCCAUCAAGAAGUCCAGCUUUAACCUUCCUCCUCCUCCUCCUCUCGCGCCCGAGGCGGAGCUGAGCGAUCCAGCAUUAUGGCGCCGGGGCUUGCGCAAAACUGCCAUUUCCUUUGGGCCCAAAAAAACGAUGUUUGCACCUGCAGGCGGGAAAACCUCCUCCAAAGAUGAGUCGCCAUCCUCGUGGCGCCAAGGCCUGCGUAAGACGGACAGCUAUGGGGCCCUGUCGGAGAUCACGGCCGCCCGGGAGGCUCAGAGGAAGGAGGAUCUGGCGGGAGUGACCCGCUCCGCCUCCAGCCCCCGACUUUCAUCCACCCUGGACAACAAGGACAAGGAGAAGGACAAAGGGACACGACUCGCGUACAUCAUGCCCACGAUCCCGUCCCGAAGGAUCACAACUGACAUGGAUGAGAAGGAGAACCGGGACUCGGCGGCCAGCCUGGUGCGGAGCAGCUCGUACACCCGGAGGCGCUGGGACGACGACAGCAAGAGCAGCGAGACCAGCACCUUACCGAACAGGACCCCCAGCUAUCAGCGCAGCCUGUCCCACACGCUGACCGUGACCCGCUCUAGCAGCGUGCGCGACGUCCCCACAAAGUCGUCGUCCGCCACCAACCUGGACCCUAACUCCUGUAACUCUAAGCCCUGGCAGCUGACGUCCUCGCUCUACCAGUCGUACAGCAUUCCCAGAAGCAGCUCCUUCGGAAGGAGACAGGACGACGGUGUGAGCUCCGGCAUCUCCUCGCCAGCUACUACCACCUCCGUCACGUCGCCCACUGCGCCCCGGAACCAGGUCUCCGGCGUGGCCUCCCGCUCCAGCUCCUCCAGCAGGUUCUGGUCAGAAGAGGGUGCAAAUAAGGAAAAGGAGCCGGAAAAGGAGUCUGCAGCAGUCAUCCCCACUAUUGUGCACACAGCAUCGGUCACCGCGGUGACCACCACCUCCACCACUGUCACUUCCUCCGACAGCAGGGAGAGACGCAGGUCAUACCUCACCCCCGUCCGGGAUGAAGAGUCAGAGUCUCAGAGGCGAGCACGCUCCAGGCAGGCGAGGCAGUCGAGGAGAUCGACCCAGGGUGUGACACUGACCGACCUCCAGGAGGCCGAGAAGACCAUCGGCCGGAGUCGGCCCACGCGGACCCGUGAGGACGACAAGGAGGAGAAGCAGGACAAGGAAAAGCAGGAGGAGAAGAAGGAGCCGGAAACCAAAGAGGACGACUACCGGUGGAGGUACCGCAGUUUUGAGGAGCGCUACAGACCCUCCACUACCCCCAGCACCACCUCCGGCACCACCUCCAGUACCACCACGCACUCCACAUCCUCCCUCAGUCGGCCCAACAGCCUAAGCGGCAUCACCUCGUCUUACAGCCGUUCCACCAGAGAGGGCGCCAAAGAGAGUGACAGGAAGGAUGAGGAGAAGGAGGCAGAGGACAAGUCCCAGCCCAGGUCCGUACGGGAUCGGCGGCGGCCGCGGGAGAAGAGGCGCCCCACGGGAAUGCCUGUGAGCCCGAGCGACGAGAAUGACCCGGAGCAGCAGUCCGAUUCAGAGGAUGGCAGCAGUCGCACGGAGCCCCAGAGUGAUCGACUUUCAAGGAAUGACUGUAAUGUGAUGAGCACGUCCUCGACUGACCGCUACGACCACCUCAACAGCCGGGGGGUCAGGCAGUCGUACUUGAACAGACUGGAGAAGGAGGACACCACAGACUACAAAAAGCUGUACAUCCAGAUCCUAGCUGAAAACGAGAAGCUGAAAGCACAGCUACGUGACACGAACCUGGAGCUGGCAAACUUGAAGCUACAGCUGGAAAAGGCAACGCAGAGGCAGGAGCGCUUCGCUGAGCGGUCACAGCUGGAGAUGGAGAGGAGGGAGAAAAGGGCUCUAGAAAGAAAGAUCUCUGACAUGGAAGAAGAGCUGAAGAACCUCCAGCAGGUAAAGCAGGUUCAGGCUCUGCGGAAGCUUAACGAGCAGCUUGUGGCUGAAAACAGGGCGCUGGCGCGUGUGGUGGCCAGGCUCACAGAGUCCUGUAGCCAGCCGUGCGUGGCGAACUUGUAGCCACGCCCCCUCCCCAUUCUCCAUUCUCACUCUGCCCGCCCGUGCACAUAGACAGACGCUGCCAGACCUGAAAGCAGACAACCAGAGACUAAAGGACGAGAAUGGAGCACUGAUCAGAGUAAUUAGCAAACUUUCCAAGUAGACUGGCUUCCCCACCUGGGCGGCAGCAGGUGGCAGUGGCAUGUGUUCAGAUACCAAUGGUGACUGCCAUCGCCCACGGGAGUGAUUCAUCCUACCCCUCGUCGGUCCUAUUACCCCAGUGACCAGCCAGGUUCUUUUACUGCGCCCUGCCUCUGCCAUCGAGUCGAUGGAGUUUACAAGGCGAAAGUGAGACAUUACGGAUGAGUGAGGAUGGGGGGCAACAACAAAGCCACCACCUUGCCCUGGAACAACGUCGCAGGUGGGGAAGCCUAGGGGGGGGGGGGAAUUAUUUAACCAUUAAGCCUUAGUUGUACAUAAACACUUGCAUCGAGCUCUCAGAUGUCACAGAACAGUUACUCAACACCUGAUGUUUGUGCCACAAGCUUCCCCCUUGUUUUUGUUCUCAGAAGUGUCGUGUGUCGUGCUGUUUUUCCACCAAUCCUAUCUGUUGUUUUCCUGAUGCCCCGCCCCUUCAGAGGCUCUGUCACUCAGCAGAAGUCCUCGCAGAUUCCCAGAAUCCCUUCCCACCCUGAUAUGGUUUUUUUUUAAUGACACACUCACAUGCACUCAAAUGUUUUUGCACCUGGAUUCUUCCACCUUAAUUUCACUUUAUUUGAGAAGGAAAUGUCAAGUCUUUCAAGAUGGAACAUGGUGGAAUUCAAGCUUUCACUCUAUGUGCAAUAUGCAUUUAUUUCUUGCAAAAAUGCUUUAAUGAAUCCACUGAAAGUACAAUUUCCACAACUCCCUUUCCUGCAUCGCUGAUCCUUUUAAGUUUGUAGUGUAAUUAUUUUUUUUUUUGGAUCAUAGUCUGUUUCACGUCAUUUUAGCAGGUACUGAGUGAUGCUGUAUGUGUGAACUGUUUGAUACCAGCACAUGACAUGUGUUUUGGAUCCCCAGGGCAUCCUGUCUGUUACUGUUGAGAAACACAAACUCCAGAGGACAAAGUGCGUGUUAAACCAUUCUUUUAUAGUCUGACGUCAUUGAAUUAAGAUCCAGUCUCCUGUAGAGACUGUUUACGCUAUUCAAUGUUUUUUUUUUUUUUUUCCCCUUUUAAAAAGUGUUCACAGUAGUUGUGAAAUACGAUCGCUUCACUACAUUUCACACAUUGUCUACAGUGUCUUUGGACGAGUUCUCUUUUUAAGCUUUAGUAUUAGCCCAAAGUAUUGACUAAAUGGUAGGGAUUUCUAAGCCAGUCCUCAUGCAGUGUCUGUAUGCAAUGCCAUUGUCAUGUGAUGUCUUGUUCACCACGGAGAACACAACCACUAUGUCAAAUAAAGACCAUGCAUCGAAAUGCAUUUUAUUUGACGCAUUUAAA